CCACUUGGCUUUUGCCAUCAUCCUUUCUCAAGCCAACGACGCGUCUGUCGCGCCAUGGACUACGAAUCCUCCGACAUUCUUGGGUCCAACAGCCCCCUCGUUCGCGCCCCACCUCCAUCUCAAACGCGGCGUUGGACCCCAAUUGUCGUCUGGAUCAUUGUCCUGGCUGCCGCAUAUGUGGCAGCAGUUUAUGCUUGGGAUGCUUUACUGAAAUGGCGGGAAAAGUCAUAUAGGCUCACCAUGCGUCGGCGACACGGAAUCCCUGACUCUGACCAUCGCCCCUUCAAUGUGGCACAUGCUGCGGUCUUACGAGCGCGCCGAGAGCAGGAAGUUGCUGAAAAUAGAGUGCAUCGCGUUGACGUCGACCAACUGUACGAGGAAUCCGAUCGUAGACAGCAAGCUACAUCGGAGUCAGACAUGCGGCAGCGUAAAAAUAUCUUUCUCAAUCCUGAGCCUGUGUGGACUAAUCCAGGACCCACUGCUGUUCCCGGUCGAUUUAAUCCAUUGGUCGUUGAAAACAGAUUCGCUUCAUCGUCCAACACUCCGGUGUCCUCUCCGUUCGCUACCAACUUCGCCGAGCGUUAUAACCCAAACCCACCUCCUCCACCUGUCGUCCGAUUUGCCGACCCAGUGCAACCGCCUUCUCGCCGUUCUAGUUUGUUCAUAAACAGCAGCCCACGCAAACAUCAGAAGCGAACUCUCGAUGAAAACGAUGUGGAAGCGGAUGUACCUGAGAAUCCAAAAAAGACACGCGUCGAGGGCGACGAGUUCAUUGAUGGUGAUGAGGAAGCCGAAUGGGUGUCCAACCAAGGAAAGCGUGGGGAAAAACGGAAUCUACGGGACGACGACAUCGAUGACGCAGACCAAAACGAGGACGAUUCACCCAAUCCUCGGGUCCGUGGGAAACGUGCACGCAAACAGAGUCUGUUAAACGAGGAUGUCUUAAUGACAAGCGACGAGGAUGCGAGCGACAUGGACGUGGACGAGAAAGCUCCCGCGGCAGUCCGCGGCCGAAAACGUGACGCAGUUUCCAGCUUUGGACCAGAGGACGAGGUCGAUGAGCUGGACGUCCAAAAAUCCAAAAGAAAACGGCGAUCAAGAAAGUCGGAUAUUGUCCCUCAACCCGCGGCUCGUGGUCAGAAGCGAGACCGUGAUCUCGAAGAAGACGGCAGUGACGGAGAAACCGGUCGUCCUCGCACUGAGCGCAAAACCAAGAAGCGGGGGAAGAAAGGCAAGGAGGCGGAUGAAGAAACCAGUUCAGUCGAGGAUUCUGGUGUUAGGGCUCGCCGCAACAUCGGAGAAGAAUGGGAGAGUAAUGGAGUUCGAUACAAGAUUGGGCCAAAUGGUCGACUUCGACAAGCAUUGGUCAAAAAGGCGGCUCGGCGUUUCAUCAUGCCUUUAGACUCUCAACAUCCAGACAAGAAUGCCAAUCUUGAAGUUUGUAUCGAAACAUGGUUGACUGAAGACGAGUACCAAGAUUUCAAAACACGCCAUCUGCUUGCUUGGCAGGAUUCUCCAAAAUCAACGCAAGAGCCGGAGACCGCUCCUUCGACGCCGUCGGCCGAAGUUCCUUCCACUCCAACCCCAACUGUUCCCAGGGGCAAGGAUUUGUUGUGGGAUUCUCCAGCAUCGCCAGUUCCAUCCUACAUGCCUAGUCCUGCUGAAAAAGAAACCGGCCGUUACAAGUCUCAUUUCCGGCAGACCAUUGCAGGCGAUCUGGGCACUAUCCGUGUAAAUCCAUUCGAGAAAGGCAAUGCUCUACUUGUUACUGCUCAGGCCCCUAAGAAUGGCUCGCGGCUCGGUCGGCGGAUUGGUGCUGAACGCGAAACAAAUGGGCUUGCGGACAGUACAAACAGCGGAAUUCGACCCAAGACGUUCUCGAAAUGGGAGAAGCAGAACCUAGAGGCACAAGCAAUGAUGAAAAUCAGGGAAGUGAAUCAGGCCAAGCAGAAGGAGAAAGAGCUAAAGGAGAAGUUGGAAAAAGAAAAAGAAAAGGCAGCGGCAAUUCCGACACUGACUCUUACGGCUCCAUCGGCAGAGCCUUCCAAGGCUGCUACUUCCACCUCCGGAUUCUCGUUUGGGUCAGCUCCCACGACCACAACAACUACCCCCACUCCCACCGCCACAACUUCUUCUGAAGCCUCGAAGUCGUUGUUUGGACCGACACCGGCCUCAACUGCGCCAACCGCUGCUGCGAGCGACAAACCGCCACAAGCUAUAACAACAAGCUUGUUUCCUCCAGCAAGCACGAAUCCUUUUGCUAAACCUGCUGCAUCCCCAACGGCUUCAACUCCAGCCCCGGCUGUAACGAGCGCAUCUGCUGCGAGCCCUGCUGUUACACCUGCUUCACCUUUCUCGUUUGGAUCAACCGCACCAGCAAAGGCGCCGGAGCCAGCUGCUGCAGCCAAACCGUCUGCAUUCUCUUUUGGCUCAACUGCUCCAACUUCACAACCUACUCCCGCAAGCCAGCCUCAGCCAGCUUCAAACUCAUUGCUGUCUCGUUUAGGGGGUGAGGUCGCACCUAAACCGGCAGAACCGCCAAAAUCGUCCAGUUCUCCUUUUUUCAACAAGCCCACAGAGCCUGCGCCUGCUCCCGCUCAAUCAACUACCCCCAUGUUCUCAUUUACGAAGCCGGGAGAUUCGGCGAAAUCUUCGUUCAGUGCUCCACAAACAACAGCCACUGCUCCUGCUACUACUCCGACGCCCAUGUUCUCAUUUAACACGGCCACCAAGGCGCCAACUCCCGCUUCAGCCAAACCAGCUGAAGCACCCGUGACCACAACAACGCCGAUGUUUUCGUUUACCAAGCCUGCUGAGCCUGCCGCUGCCGCAAAACCGGCUUUCCCUACGUCUACCCCGGCUACUUCCUCGUCAUCGCCGUUCUCUUUUGCAAAACCAGCCACAGAGCCUACAAAAUCCGCGUUCACAGCUCCAGCUCCCAGUCAAGGGUCCGCAUUUUCGUUUGUUAAACCCGCGGAGCCGGCCAAGGCGGCGUCUCCGUUUGGUGUCCAGGCUGCAGCGACUCCCACUGCGACGGCAACUCAAACGCCUGUUGAUGGAGCACCAAAGUUCAAUUUCGGUUUCACGAAACCUGCGGCUACACCAGUGCAACCUACUUCCUCGCUGACUGGUGCGUUGGGAUCAGAUUCUGCAGCACAGCCACCAUCACAAGCCAAACCUGCGUUUUCAUUUGGGACCCCAAAGACGGAGGACAAGCCUGCUUCGACAACGCCAGCGGGAACACCGUCGUUUGCUUUCCCCGCGGCUAAACCAGAAGAGAAGAAGUCAGCUUUCGGGUCAACGACCACGACAAACAGUCCGUUUUCGUUUGGCAAUCCCACAACAACUACGAGCAGUUCUUCGCCAUUUAGCGCACCUGCAACGACAACAUCUACGAGCAGUACUUCACCGUUCGGUGCACCCGCGGCAGCGACAACCGCGACUGGACCAAGCUCAGCAACGGCCACGAAGACCGCGUUCUCGUUUGGCACGCCAAGUGCGACUCCGGCCGCGACUCCGGCUACGACGGCUACUCCUGCAUCGUCUGCGCCAGCUUUCAGUUUUGGUGCCCCCAAAGCAGAUGUGGCAUCAACAACACCAGCAGGGAGUCCCGCCACGACAUCUAAUAUAUUUGGAACGAAACCGGUUGGAGCACCUUCCGUUUUUGGAGCCCCCAAGCCUGAAACAACUGCUGGUAAUGCUGCCCCUGCUUUCGGUUUUGGCACAAAUACUGCUGGCUCCUCGGUAUUCGGGAGCAAGGCUGCAUCACCUUCGCCAUUCGGGGCCGCGACCAACGCAACUUCAACAACAACCCCCGUGUUUGGCGCCAAUACCGGCUCGUCCAUUUUCGGAGCGAAGCCAGCUGACUCGACCUCGACCACACCGUUUGGCGCGGCUGCGGCUGCUGCGGGUCCGAGCGCGUUUGGGUUUGGUCAGCCACAAAAGUAG